AUGGAAGAAGAAAUUGAAGACAUCGUUGGCGAAGUAAAUUAUACCGACUCGCAGAAAAGUGUAACCACAUCCAACGUAUACUCGCUCGACUUCACCGACAGCGGUUCAGACCGAAACCACUCUUCUAGCAAAGAGACAUACGUCAUAGAUUACGAUGACAGCGACGAGAGUGAUAAGACAUUUCAGACAAGUAGAGCCGAAGAAACGGUUAACUUGAAGGACAAUGCAGGAACUUGUAUCAAAGUAAAGCGAGAUAUACAUGUCGACUAUAAUAUAAAAACAUCCUCCAGUCCACAAAGGUGUUCUAUAUCACAAGAAAUCUAUACUCAAACUAGCAAAACCAUAAUUGAAUUGGCACAAAACGAGAGAUCCACAUCCAAAAUUGAAUGUCUAAACUCACUAGAAACACAAACAUCAUUCCUUUCAAUCACUGAAAAUAAAACAGUGGAGUACCAUAUUCAAGUUGUUGGUGACAAGACCCUUUUCAAGCCGCACAAACACUUAACAAAUGCUUUAGUUUAUCACGCAUCUAUACCGAAUCAAAUGCUAACUACCAACUUGGAAGAUAAGUCAUCUAUACAUCAAGAAUCUGAAAAUGAAGUUGAAAUAAACAAGCAUAGUCUAACAGGUGAUUCUGACGAGAGGAUAAUCAAAUUUAUCGAUGAGGAAUCGCAAGACAGCGUUAGCGAUGAACAGAAUAUGACGCAGUGUGAGAACACCAGUGAAUUUGAGACAUCAAAAUACGAUUCGGACAUCGAAGAAGAUUCCCUAGAGAACGAGAACCAAGAUGAUCAUUUACAAGAUAAAAGCGAAGGUAGUGAAAUCCCAAAGUCUAUUGAUAACGAUAUUGAAGAUCUUUACAAUAAAUUGUCAAGUUGCGAAGAUGCUGUCUUUACGUCGGAAAAUAACGUAGAACACGAAGUACCCGUUGCUGGGCUGUUAACUCCUUUGACAGAAGAGUCUAAUAUCAAGAAGAGUAGCAUCACCGAUUUGACGCCCAGUGUCGAGACUAUAACAAAUGCCUCCUGUAUGAAGGAUCAUACGAAUAAUCAAGUAGUUAAAUCUAAAAGCACCCUUAACGGUAUAAAAUGCAAAGAGGACCAGAACACCUUCAGGCUACCGCCUAUUAAUAGUAAUUUCUCAUGUCCAAACAGCCCAUUGAACUUCAUGCUCUCGAAUGCAACAAAUAAAUUAACAAAAACGAAUACUCUGCCACUGGUUUCAGAAGAUCAUAGGGAUCAAGUGUUUAAUAGAUGGGGCGUUGAUAAAAACGGCUCCGGAGAGAAUGCACUUAUCAAUAUUAGAGAUGACACAUCAAAAUCACGCAGCGAAACGAUUCAACUGCCCCCAAUUCACCAUGGAGAAGGGGGAUGUAACAGAUACGAAUUGAGGGCGUCCAAAGCAAAGUCUAGCGUGAACCAAGCUAAUCAAGCCCCCAUUUGCAUUAAGGGACAGAUUAAAGAACUUAAGAUGACAAAUAAGAGAACAAGGCCUAAUGUUUUAACCAAAGUAGAUGCCAGAACAUCUCAAUCAGAUGUUACAGGGCUGGAGCAUUUUAAAUUCCAUCUACUGCACCCUACGCUUGACUGCCUUUACUCGCUCUCUACUGGUAUAAUUUCUGUUAUCAUCAGGCUCAGUCGAAGUCCUUCACCAACUAGCACUUGUUCUCCGGACGGAUCAAAGCUGAGCGAUGCAGCCGAAAGAGGUUGCGAAGCACUCUGCUGCGAACUACUUAGAAGACUCCGAUUGAAUUCAUGGUGUCAAACCCUACAAACGUUAGAAGAGCUACCGAAAGCCUUGGAUAACUUUUGGUCGAUUAUCUCUGAAAAUCGGAUUGCAGAUCUCAUUAGACAGGUGACCAUCCAUGCAGACUCUCCUCGGACGCAAGUUGCGCGCACGGCGUGUCAGAUACUUGCAGAAAUAUUGAAGAAUACCAACUAUACUAAAAAACCGGACUUCUUCGAAGCGGUAGCCAUUCUGUUGAUAAAGACAGGCAGCUACUGCCGUCCAGUGCGGAAAGCAGCCAACGUGGCCCUAGACACUGUGGUUUGCAGCGUUGACGUCACACAAUCCGUCACCGCCAUUUGCAUUUAUGGAACUCGUUAUAUGAGGGAUGACACACCGAUCAAACGCGGGCCCGCAAAACCUAACUGCUGCGCAACUGCGCCGCGACCGCCCCGCGCACCCGCUGCUUUCGCAAAACACUUCGGCGGGAGCAGCGCGGUCGCGGCGCAGGCGCGGGACCGCCGCAGUUGUAUUACUACGUCCGCCAUUGGACUCCUGGACCACAAAAGCGCCCUUGUCCGCUGCGCUUCAGCCCGCCUGCUGGUUGUCUGCGCUGCGUUUGCUGAAGGAGGCAGGAUGCUGCUUAGAGGCAGACCGCCCAGCGUCGCAACAGCUAGGAGACACGUUCUACGUUCUCUGUCAGAGUUGCUCUACGAUAAAAACUCAGAUACGAGAAAAUACGCUGAACGCCUAUACGCUAUGUUGCGUCCACUGAACCAUUUUGAAGCAUACUAUCUAACCGACGUGGACAUAGAAGUGGCUGCGAGGCAAAUGAAGAAAUACGAUCGAGUACUUUCUAUCGCGAAGGAAAGAUGA